UCAUUAUCAGUCCUCACACAUGCCGUCCAGUGUCUUCUUGGCCUCGUUAAAGACAAUGAACACAACUGUAGAGUACUGUGUCAAGAGGGGUUACUAAGUAGUAUCCUGAUGUGCUAUCAAGAUGUUCUCAGGAGCAAUGAUACAAGUCUUCGAGAUCUCCAGUCAAUUGUACUCGAUUUGUUUGUUCAUCUUGCCAACCACCAGAUCAGAGCGUCUGAACUAAAGGAUUUCAUCGCCAUCUUUAAGACCAAACCAGUACCAGUGGACUUGCUAUGCAACAGCUUGGCACACAUCGCCAGCAAAGCUUCGUUUACCCAUGGACCGGCCUACAUACUCUCUUUUCCAUGUCGCUUACAAACUGUGGACCCGCGGUCGAAGCACGGAGGUCGAAAAGCUAAAGUUCAAAGACUAAGACCAGAUAUAAAAAGAAUCAAAGGAGGCGCCCUGCUUCAAAGUCUAGGAGAUGCAUCAAGUGAAGGUGCCAACUCCGAAGGUUCACUUUCUAGAAUCGGCAAGAAUAGCCCUGAACGAGCACGACGCUCCAAACCCCAGUCAAAACUCGCACGUGGGGGCUCUGUGGAAACAAGCGACAGGCAGGAUAUUCAAAGGUCCGAAGCAARUCCUGGUGAUGACACCGCUGACCUGCCGUCACCUUUCUCAGUCAAAGCUAUUAAUCUUCGUUGUCAUGGAAACCAAACAUGGCCGCCGCCCGAUUUUAGCAUCGUGUUUUGGAUGCGCUUGCAUAGUUUGAGAAGAUUUUCUGAGAGUGAACCAGGAAUGUCAAGAGAAGCUACUCGAUUACGAGGGGUGACUAUUCCACCGGUUCGUGGUACUCGGUCCAGUAGGUCGAUGAGCUGUCCUAACGUGUGGACGCGGGGUACAGACACACCUUCCUGUGAUGAAGCUAUACAUAUCUGUUCUAUUGGUUCCAGGAAGGGUCUCUUCGAGAUCUGGGUUCUACCAUCAGGUGGUUCUCUGUUGUUCAGGUGGACAAAAGCAACUAAGGGGGGUACUGAUGGUUACGAUAUCGUCAAAGAAUUAGUUACUAGAAUACCUGGUCUAUCACGUGGUCGAUGGCAUCACGUGGUUGUUUCGUUCUCUCAGUCUAAACAGAGGUACAUUCCUCCUAAUGGUGGUAUGGAGACGAAGGAAUACGAUGAUGCUUGUAAGAUUCUGUCGAUAGUGGACGGUACUGAAACCACAGAACAUAAUUUUGGCCCACCCCUCCCCUGGUACGAAGAGGGCAAGUGUACCUUGUCAGCAUGUUUGUUGGGUCACGUGAUACUAAGUACAGCAAAAAAAGAGGGACAUGGUGCCGAAAAGUCUGUUUUACCUGAAGGAUAUGACUUGGGCAAUGUACUUGCUUUUAUAGGAGGGACAAGUAUUAAAAGUGUUAAGAAGGGAGUGGCCACACAUGGAGACUGGGUUGUUGGUAAAGAUGAAGCAUUCUACCUGUACUCACUUGGUCCAAACUACAACAGCAUCGGACAUCUGCACGCUGACUUUUCUUAUGUUCCUAAAGAUCACCAAGAUUCUUCUCAACCAUUUCUAGUUGCAAGCAGACUAUGGUCUAGACUCUCAAUAACUGAGAGGUCAGUCUCGGCCGGGCUGAGUACUGGAUUUCUGAGAAGUCCUCACGUGUUUAUUCCAGAUUUGGAGACGUCUUUAAAGAGCAAACUGUUGCUGUCCUACACACCAGUACGUCAUACAGUAUUCAAUCAAAACAUCAGGAUACCAACCACAGAUGACAAACCUCGAAGGGCCAGUCAUCUUGAUGUUACCAACAAACCUACAGUUAAAACAAACCUUGUUCAGAACGAGGCCAAGCUGUUUCUUGAAGUCGAGGCUCUGAGGGUCAGUACGUUUCUUGAAGCGGCACAUGAUGUUGGUGGGAUGAUGGUGUUCAUCUAUUUGUUUGCUAAGGUUGUAGAGAUGACUAAUGAUCACAAGACUCAAGCCGAUGCUCUAUCAAUCGUGCUGUCACUACAGAAGACCUGUGAGUACCACGCACGCGCAAUGGAUGAAGAAUCAGGCUAUGCUCUACUCAAGAGAAUUCUACUCAGCCCGCAGUGCAUGAUAGGAUACCACGUGCUAAAGGUUCUAAUGGAAGCAGCCUGUGAUGGUGAGGUCUUCAAGCACACCAAUCUGUCCGAUAACCCAAUCAUGUUAAACAUCGAUUCCAAUGCUGUUGUACGUAAUGUAGACAUCUUCCAACACUACCUCCUGAACAGAAAUAUCUGGGACAAAGCGAAGCAGGGCGUGCUARAGAUGCUUCUCUCCACUCUUGAGAUUCUCGUCCAUGCUAGUCAUCCUCACUAUAAGUUUAACAUCGCUCAAUUUCAGAAGGCAGAACUUGUUCAGCAGCUCCUGAUUGGCUGUCAGGAGCGGCAAGGUGAAGGAUUGAAGGAAAUCCCCAGUACAAUCAGCACACUGUAUGUCAAUAUUAUCCAGAAUGUCAUGGGACAAACACCUGAUUUAACUGUACUGAAGGCAGUUUGUGAGUUCCUGAUAGCCAUUCAUCCUACAGAAGACACUACCAGUCUACAUUCACCCAACAGGUUUUAUUUGAUGGAAUACGAGUUUGAUUUUGGAUAUCCUACUCCAGCGGUAACCCGACUGCCACUUUCACCGUCGUCUUUCCAACGCGACUCGUUACUCAUGGCAAAGAAACUAAGCUCGCCUUCCAGUCCUUAUGACAGCACUUUAGUUGAACCCAAACCAACCCAUUCUGAUGAUAUUUUACUAGAGAAUCUUGAAACCUCUGAAAGCACUUUACGGCUUGGUAGAAAUGGAACGCUUAUCGGGGAAGACAGAAAGGAGGGCGAGAAGGAGAGAAUUGGGGGAUCAAUUUCCGAACAGAAGGAUAAAGGAGAAGAUAAUGAAGGAAAAUGCGUUCAAGACAUGACAAUAGGACAAAAAGGAGAUAAAUAUGAAGCAAUUAAAGAGGAGUCACCUGAUGUGUCUGUUCCUUGUACUACACUGUCUGCUGAAUACCUUGAAUUUCCCGCUCAUUCGUCACCACAAGCUAUUGCCCCUCAUUUCGCCAGCUGUCCUCCCCCUUCUAAACAUCGUAAACUAACCGUCCAGAUUCCCCAUCACCCAGCUUCAUCUAGCGUCAAGCCAUGCCUUGGAUCUGCUGACGGAAGUAGUAUUCUCCUUCAAGGAAGUCCUCUAAGAGAGUGGAAAAGUUCAGUAUCUAGUCCCUCUACUCCACAGACGCCUCCUACACCACAUACUCCUCAUACUCCAGUAGAAUCGUACAGGGGUCCUGGUAGUAAACCCUUGUCUAUUGGUAUACACAGUAACACGCCUCAGAGUCGUAUGUCCAGUGUCGACGUGAUGGAGUAUGACUUCAUUAAUGAGUCGGACUUCAGUUCUCUUAAAAGCAGCUUGGCUCAUCAAAGUUCCAUGGACGAGUAUCUAGUCGUAGAAGGAUAUCCUGGAAUCAAGUCUAGUACACAAACCUAUAAACCAAAUAACAGCGAGAAAAGGCGCCGAGCUCCUGAUCACAUGACCAAGAUGCGGCUAGGGUUGUUGAAGCUGUUACAGAAGAUACUUCUGAAUCUCCAAGCAGAGCAGGUACCUGCUGUAAUCGGAGGAGUGCUCAAGGCGGAGUACCUGUUGGUAUGGGUGUCACAUCAGUCUGACUCUGUCAGGGAACUUGUGAUCAAGAUCUUGUGCUUGUACUUACAAAAAGCUGAACCAGAACGAUACAAUCAUUUUCUUGGAAUCCAUGGAUUUCAUCUUCUUGCUAAUCAGCUGUAUGACCAUACUGUAACCAAGGGAACCAUAGAGGCGUGUCUGUGGCUGAUGGUCGGAAGACCAGUGGACUUGGAUAAGGAUUAUGCAUAUUCAACUGCUUUCGACCAGAAUCUUUCCAGUAUCCUACGUCCACUGGGCGUGGUGCCAUUGUUAUCAGUACUGGAAAACACCUUGAUCUCUCAGAAUCUGAACCGCAUGUUGAUCAAACACUUGUGCCAAUUGUUUCUCAAGAUAGAUGACCUGUGCCUGAAUGCUGUGGCUCAUGGGCUGUUACAGACUGUCUGUAAUGUUGUUUGUGGCUUGGCUCGUCUGCAGCAUCAACAAAGUCAAGGCCGAACGCCUAUCACAGUAGAUGUCAGUUGUCUAAUGGAUGACUUACAGACUUUAAUAAGCUGUAUUGUCAUCAAGGCUUGCAGCACAUGUGGAAGCAUGUAUUUCCAGAUGUUUGAAGAUCUUCUUGUUGUACUCGAGAACCUUGAGGAGCUGGAUCACAGGAAAAGAGAGCACGGUCUGUCUAUAUUCUUUAUCGCUCGUUAUCUACGUUACUUCGCUAUUCAAGUAGCUCUAUACUUCUUCCAAGAAAUUUGUAAAGACGAGAUUCCUAUUAACGGAAGGAAACGUGGUGGUAUAAGAUUGUUUCGUGGUUCAGAAAAGUCCUCCGACCUCAAUCCAUUCAAACCAGUCUCUUCUUGGAUUCCACUCUCUCCCGACCAUAAUCUACCGUGCUCGGACCUAGGCUUCCUUAAGACCACACCAACCAGUGCAAACUUUAAUGAGCAAACACAGAGAUUCCAAUCAGUAAUUCAAAUGGCUGUCAACUGUGUUACAUACUCCAGAACAGUGUUUCUAAAUGACGCCCUCGGACCCUUACAAGUGUAUACCGCUGACUUACAGGUCCAUGAGGCUUUGCGGCCUGGUAUUCUUAAGGGUGCUACUAAUGGAGUCAACAUGGAUAAGGAGUUUGCGCAGUUCAUAUUCAGUCUGCUGUUUGAGUUUCUGGACACAUGUCUCGAUAAUAAAGGAACCAUGCCAAGUAAAGUGAUGUUCAUGUCUAAAGAAGUCAUCAAAUCCCAGCUUGGCAAGCUGCUUGUUUAUCUUCUCAGCCCUUCACAGUCUCUCGACCUGUCAUGUUUCGUCCUACAAAUCAGCGAUCAUGUACGAGCCAAGAAGCUGGUCCACGCUGUAUUGACUAGUAGUGGAGGGGGAAAGCUACGAGACAAGAUACAAGCAUACCUACCAAAGCUACUAAGCAUGGAAAGGCUAUCGGAAGACCAAGCGUCGAACGCCUUGAGUUUCAAAUCGUUACUUGAAGCAUGUGGUUUACGAUUUGCUGCGUUGAAUGAGUCGUCGAGAACUGACGUUGAGACUCAGAGCUGGGACCACGCAGAAACAACGAAUAUCAUGGAAUGGCAGAAGAAAAGACAAGAAGCCUUUGCAUUUAUUUCCAAGAGGAUAGUGGCGCUCAGCUCCAAAGUUUCUGAAUCAGCCAGGAUCGUCACACGCGUCGCAGUUGAGAUACAAGACACUCAGAGACAAACCUUGCUGAAGCACAACAGAGAUGGUCUGUCAGCUGAGGUACAGAUCAGAAAGAAAUGGCGUCAAGUGAUUGAGAGAGUCAUCCAUGAAAGGUCUGUAUGGUAUGAUCGAGAGUAUUUCCCAGUUUCAUGGAGACUGGAUCCCACUGAAGGACCAUUACGUGUUCGUUGUCGAAUGCAAAGGUGCCAUCUUGACGUGCCUCAGAAAUACGUCAUGAAAGGUCAUCAAAAACAUGCUACUGCGCAAAGUGGAUCACCGCUGGCCUAUCUGUUCGAAGACUCUACCAGUUGUCACAAGAAAAACGUCUACUAUAUCUUUGACACACCUGAUACUAUACGGUUUCUUUACCACUGCAUGCAUAUCUUACUGGACAUCAAGACUACAGGUGUCAUUCUCAUUGGUGAAAUUCACAUGUACUUCAUUGGAGAAGAAGCAACCACAACUGAUACUGACGUAACACAGAUUUUGCUAGGAAAUAAAGAUGCAAUAUCAAUCUCUUGGGCGAUCAAUGAAAUCCAGGAAAUCCGAACAAGAAGAUAUUGUUUGAAGGAUAUUGGCAUGGAAAUAUUCCUUUCUAAUGGUAGAACGUACUUGUUGGCCUUUGAUUCAGAGAAAGACCGAGAGGUUGUGAUUGAAGAGUUCAAACAGAGAAGAUUGCCAAUUUACGAUACUCCUAUCUCCGACAACCUUAACGCAACGACGGCCAAGUGGAGAACUGGAAAUCUGUCGAACUUCGAGUAUUUGACCGAGUUGAACAAAAUGGCAGGCAGAACAUUCAACGAUCUGAUGCAGUAUCCAGUAUUUCCCUUCAUUCUGUCAGACUUUACCAGUGAAGUACUUGACCUGAAUGAUAGCAAGGUAUUCAGAGAUUUAUCCAAGCCCAUUGCAGCACAAAGUAUUAACAAGGAGACAAGCUACAAAGAAAGAUUCCGAUGGCUUAAAGAGGAAUACGAACGCAGUGGCCAAAACGACGCUCUGUUAGCACCCUAUCACUACGGCUCCCAUUACUCAAACAGUGGAACCGUAUUACACUUCCUGGUCAGACUACCACCAUUCACCAAGAUGUUCCUACAAUACCAAGACAACAACUUCGACAUUCCUGAUAGAACAUUCCAUUCGAUGGCAACCACGUGGCGUCUAUCAUCAUACGAGUCAUCAACAGACGUCAAGGAACUCAUUCCAGAGUUUUUCGUUCUCCCGGAGUUCUUAGRGAACUUUGAAGGUUUUGACUUUGGUCUCCGUCAAAAUGGCGAACGAGUCAUGAACGUUACUCUUCCUCCAUGGGCUAAAGGCAACCCUCGAUUAUUUAUCCUGAUACACAGACAGGCACUGGAAACGGAAUACGUGUCUCGUUCGAUUCAUAGUUGGAUCGACUUGGUGUUUGGAUUCAAGCAAACAGGAACUGAAGCAGUCGAAGCCGUUAAUGUCUUUCAUCCUGCGACGUAUUACGGUGUUCAAGUGAGUUCUAUCACGGAUCCUGUGCGUCAAAAGGCUCUCAAAACCAUGAUAGAAACCUAUGGCCAGACUCCAAGACAGCUCUUCAACUAUCCUCACAGCCCGCGCUUGACCCGCAAAAUAUCCACCUCUCCCGCGGAAUUCGGUUCAGUGACGUCAUUGAAUACAAGCAAGUUUGACUUCGAAGUGGCUUCUGCUACGAACCUGUUCAUGCAUCGAUUCACCGGUUCGUUCUCGUCAGAAAAUACAUUGAUGGGCAGUGUUACUGAUACUCUUGUUGACGCACCUAAACCUGUUACCACAGUCGAGGGUCUCAGAUGGGGUAGCUACGUAUGUUCCCCAGCCCUCCCCGUUCCCUUCAUCAGCUUUAACCAACAAAUUGGGUUCCCUGUGURUUCUUUAGUCUGUAACAGAGGCGAGGUUGUACACGUACUUUGCAAAGACACCACAUUAAUGUCCGGAUACGAACAGUACCCCGAGGAGAGGGGUGAGCGGCUUGUUUUGUCAGCUGCUCUCAGUUGSUCUGCAGUCGAUGGCAGUUUAACGGUGUUUGUCGAAGGUAGUGGUUCUGGUGCCUGGCUUAUGGACACCAAGACACCCGACAAGGUUACAUGCUGUGUAACAUCAAUCGGUUGUACGUCAUUGUUUAUUGGUUCGUCAUCGGGUGCAUUGUUUUGUUUACCCACCAAGUAUAACCCUACCCUGGACUGCAGGAUCGAGGUGCUUGGGACACGUGUUCGACUUUACGGGCACACUGAUGAGAUCACGUGUCUGAGGAUAUGUCAUGAGUACAGUGUACUGGUCAGCGGUAGUAAAAAUGGGACAGCCAUCAUCUGGGACCUCAAUAGACUGAGCUACAUUCGCACACUUGACCAUAAAAGGGCAGUGGAUGUGCUAGCGAUAAGCCGAACAUCAGGAGACAUUGCCACUGUAUAUCACUAUGGAGARUCACUUGAUCAAGACAGUAUUCAUGAAGAGGGUAGUGUAUUAUCUCUCUGGACUGUGAAUGGGAUCCCUGUGGUGCACAGCACGUGUGAACAUACUAUCAACUGUAUGGACUUCUCUCGGGCUCCAGAAGGAGUCUCUGUGAAUAUCAUAGCAACGGGCCUUAGCAACGGAGCCAUAAGGUUAUGGAGUACGUGGGAUCUACAGCACAUCCGGGAUAUCGCUCCAGAGCAGAACCUGUCACCCAUCGCCUCAGUGGCCUUCAGUGAAGAUAGUCAGCGGUUAUUCGCUUUAAGUACCCAAGGAAGACUGAUUGUAUGGCAGCGUAAGGACAAGACCUACGGGGGAAGACCUCCUAUUGUCGUUACCUUCCCAGUAUCCUAUACUACCCCUAAGGUCUCACAGGACAGCAGAUAAAGGGCUGAGAUAUAGCAAACCUAACAAUGUUACGAAUAUCAAAGAUCCAAAGAAACGAAACAAAAGAAAAAUAUCUUUCUAAACGACCAAAUUGGAUAUCGCGUUGUUAUUGGUGCUGACAUCACAGCACGAACAACCAAUCAAGACAAGAAGAUCUUUAGCCAAUCACACGACAUUUACAUAUUUGUUAAGUUGAUUUUCUUCCGAAAUUUUUUUUGUCACGACUGUUGUUGGUGGCAAUGCACAUGUCAAUGACGGUUUUCAAUACUUGAAAAUGUGCUUACUGUUGAUCUUUCUAUUUUUUUACUUAACUGCUUAUUUGUGUGUUUUUCGUUUUGUUUAUUAUAUUGUUUGUAAUUUUCACUGUAGUAUGCUGAUAUCAAAAAUUGYGAUAAUUUCUAAAAAAAACUUUCUCCUGUUUAAAACUACACCGCAGGAAGCCCGACACGGUUUGUUUUUUCGCAACAGAUUAUAAUGAGCAAACUUUCUUAUAGUGUAAAGCAUAGUYAUAUUAUGUACAAUGUUUCAUUAUUAUAUCCUUAGACAAGAUUGCCACACAAAAAAAUGACAGAUUAAUAGAAAUAUUUUUAGAAAGAGCGAUAACUAAGUAACGGUACAAAUAGUUUUAAUGUGAAAAGAAGAGAAAAAUUGUGUUAUUAUUUCGGAUUGUAUGACAAAUAAAUAUAUUAAAUAUAUAAUAGAAAAUCCAAA